AGGAGAAUGAAACGUUUAGAUUUUUCUAAAUAUUUUGUUUAUUUUAUUAUCUCAACACUUUUAAUUAAUUUAUUUUUGGUUGAAGCUUUGAGGUUUACUAUUCCUACAAAUGGAAGACAAUGCAUAAAAGAUGAGAUGCACAGAAAUGUUAUAAUGACUGGGGAAUAUGAAAUUUCUGAUGCUGUUGGGCAUACAAUGACUGUUUCUGUAACAGAUACUCGUGGCCAUACACUUUAUAACCGAGAAAAUUUCCCUGAGACUCGUGGCAAGAUUGCAUUCACCGGCGAUGAUUAUGAUGUUUUUGAAAUUUGUUUUAAAGAUCAUGGGCCAACACAGCAACACAAAUUUUCUCGUGAAAUUUCUCUUCAAAUUAAACACGGCGUUGAGGCAAAGAAUUAUGAGGAUUUGGCUAAAGCAGAAAAACUUAAACCGUUGGAAGUUGAACUUCGCCGAUUAGAAGAUCUUUCUGAUUCGAUUGUUCAAGAUUUUGUUUAUAUGCGUCAACGGGAAGAGGAAAUGCGUGACACUAACGAAUCAACAAAUAGUCGAGUUUUAUAUUUGAGUAUUUUUUCAAUGCUUUGCCUUCUUGGACUAGCUGUUUGGCAGGUGCUCUAUAUGCGAUCUUAUUUUAAGGCUAAAAAGUUAAUUGAUUGA